AUGGAAGACAAUAUUAGCGCAACUUCAAUAAAAAUCAAAAAACUAAUGAUUAGAAAGGGAAUGAAUGCUCGAAUGCUUGCCUCCCAAGCUGAUGUUGGAAGAUCAUUUGUUUAUGAUGUUUUAAAUGGCAAAGCAGUGAAUCCUUCGUCUAAAAAGUUACAAGCUAUUACGAAUGUUUUAGAUGUUUCUUUAUCUUAUUUGAUCAAUUGCGAAAAUAAUUUGGAGGGUGUUAUAGUGAUGAUUAUCAAACCACUAAAGAUUGUUAUACGGCUACUCAAGUUAUCAAGUAAGACCAUUAUUGUGAAGAGAUAUUUUAGAGUCCGGGAUAGAAUAACCAUAGAAGAUGACUAUCACUUCCUCUCUUACCCGUCUUCUUGGAUGAAUGAAUUGACCUUUGGUUCAACUAGAUGCACAGAUGGACAAUAG